GUAUGAUUUGUGCAGUAGAAAUGUUUUGUGUAUUAUAUGCAUAAUAAUGAAUUUUUCCACACGUUAAUUAAUAAGUAACAAAUUAAACUAAAAUAAAUUAAACAAAAGUGACAGUACUUAACCCAGUGUUUCGGUGUAUUAAUAAAAUAGUCUAAAAUGUCAAAAGUGUAUGAGAAAAAUGGCGUUUGAGGAAUGAAUACAAUAAGUAUUUAGGUGCUGGAGAUCAGUGAAAAUGUAAUCAUGUAUCGUAGAUGGCUUUAUUGUCAUUAUCAUGACAUGCUUAAGAAGAUAACAAAUCAUUCAGAAUAAUCUUAUUCAAUCGUCCAAAAGAUACUAGAUAUUGUGACAAUCUGGUUAGGUUAGGUUGUCACUGACGGCUGUGGGCAGACAAGAGCAAAAUUCAAUUCUCACACGAUGUAGCAAAAUGUCCAGGAAUUCUUGAUAUUUAUAAUUGUGAUAAAUGAUAAAUUAAUUUGUGUAUUUUUAAAUGUAUUCCUCACCUUCUGGCAUAAUGUGCGCGAACUAUUAAGAAAAGUGAUUAUCGUUUAUAUCUGACAUUUCGGUUUGACGUUUCUUUAAAAUGUUAUUUUGUGAUUAAAAUUUAUAGUUGUGGUUAGUGAUUUAGUAGUUUGAAAUUAUGGCGUUCAUGACAAAGAAGAAAAAAUAUAAGUUUUCAGUUGAUUUUCGUCUGGAAGAAUUGCUAGAAGUGCCAUUUGUUAGCGCCGUUUUAUUUGCGAAGAUCCGGCUGUUGGACGGCGGUUCAUUCACUGAACACAGCACAAGAGAAGAAGUUCGGGAGCAUAGUGUUCGAUGGGGUACCAGUUUCCAAUUCGUCUGCAAAAUGUCAGCGCCCGCGUCAACUGGUGUCCUUGAUCCUUGUGUUCUACGGGUCUCAGUUCGAAAAGAAUUGAAAGGAGGAAGGAGCUACAGGAAGCUCGGCUUCUGUGAUCUCAAUUUGGCAGAGUUUGCCGCUGCCGGCGUCGCCACCGCAAGGAGGUGUCUGCUGGAAGGAUAUGACCAAAGGCAUAGGCAAGAUAAUAGCAUGUUAAGGGUCGCCAUCAAGAUGUCGAUGCUCAGUGGCGAUAUUUUAUUCAAAGUGCCAACGCCUUCAUUAAAGCACAGCAGGCCGCCUUCACAAGACGACAUAAGUGUUUCCAGUGAAUUAGAAUCCAGGGCGCGCGACGAUUGUAGCAACGCUUCCGGAUCAUCCGGAUUCGGGUCUUUGCCAAAGAAAAGGCCGGCGCUACUCGGAUCAGAACUUUUAAAUCACAAUCACCACCACUCAUCAUCCCAACAAGACCACGACGCGAUAUCGGACGUGACGUUGUCGGAUUUAACGUCAAGUUGCUGUGCGUCUGAAUCUGAUGGUCCUCCUCACCAUGCAGCAGGAACAACUUUACUUAGUCAGUCCAAUGGUAGUUUGCAGCAUCAGCAGCAGCAGCAAAACAACUGUCAUGUUCAAAGUCAUAGUAGGAAUUCAUCUAAUACCAGCCAAUUGUCGAAAGGAUCGGGGUAUAGUAGUUUUUCACAAAGCCAACACAGCCGACAAAGCAGUGAAGGCGAUUCAGGACACACCAGUCUACCGCAUUCGCUUCGCGCCCUCUCGCGUCGCACGCAGGAGGCGACCGCGCGACUCUCGCCCGUUGCGACCAGCCCUUCCGACGAGGCUGGUCCGGACGGGGAUCUGCCGCAGCAUCAGCAGCUGCACAUCGAGCAGUUCCUCGAACUGCCGCAGGCGGCAUCGCAGUCGGCAUCGCGACGCGCCAGCCCGGGCACCGCGCCCCGUACUCCCCUAUCCGGAAAUGCAAGUUCAGGAUCUUUGGGUCCAUCAGAGACAGGAUCUUUGGAUCGAGCCAAAGCUGCUUUGGAAAGGCGUAAAAAAGGUUCCGGUGCUAUUAGUACCAGUGUCCUUGGUGGUCCUUUGGGUUCCGCUUUAGACGGAGAACCGACCGUAUCAGGCAGAGUCGAAGGAACAAGGGUGAACCCUGAUUUACUUAUAGCUGAAUUACUAAGGACGACUAGGUUGGAUCAAGUUGAUAGUAAAGAAGUGUCUGGACCAAGCGGCCUUCAGUUGUUCAUCGCCCGCGACGGUACUGCAGCAGUCGGAAGCAGUCAAGACGCCCAAAGCAGACUUUCGUCUGGAGCAAGAACCUUCCAGCAGGUUGUCAUGGAAGACAAAAGGUAGUCAAAAUACAUCACGAACACGAUGCGAUACCAUUCGCAUUUGGUCUUUGGAUCAAGAUUGUAAUUUAUUAUUGAUUGUGACAUUUGACGUCUUCGAGGUAAUGAAAUAAAAUUUCAAUUAUUUUUUAAGAAUUGUG